UGAAGUGAUAUCGAUGACGAUUGCUUCAUCAACUGGACGCGGCCGGCGGUCGUCGAUGGCGGUCGCAUGGCGGGACCUGGGCGGACGAUUGGACGGUUUCGGGCGGGUGCACGGGAGAGGCGUUGCCUGGUAACGGCCUGCACGGAUACAAGGCCCGCCUCCAUCAACAGAAACUCUGACGCUCCAUCGUAUGAAGAAUCUCAGACAGUGCACAUAAUGUAUAAUAAUGUACGCAUCGUGUACUCGUUAUGUAUCGUAGCGACACGAUGAUGGUCGUGGUGUCGCAUCGUUACAAAUGCAUCCAAAGUUUGUCCGCACCGUAUAUGAACUUUUUAGCCCUCAUCUUUGCUUUCGUUGGAAAAUGUACGCCAUGGUUGAUAUUAGCCGAUUGGGUUCAAGAAGAUUGCGGAUACAAGCGGCUGGAACGAGUUUCCACCACGGGCUCAGAGUUGAGUCGCUGCUCCCCCGCGUCGACAGGAGCCAGCUGAGUUGCAGUGGCGUCUGGGCUCGCCUGCUGAAGCUGCUGCGACCUCAGAUAAGCGGAAGUAAACGGAUGGAUGGGUUAUACCCCCCCACAAAUGAAUUAAAAUGAACGUCAAUCACUCUAUUAGACUUUGCUUUCAACCCUAUCUUCGUGCACACGCAUACAUAUACGCUUCAAAUCUAUCGAUCGAUCCAUCCACCCUUGUAAUGAUUCAAUUCCCUCACGCGUUUGCCAUUUUUUUGGCUUUAAAGUGGCUGAAGUGACCAAAAUGGGACAUGAUUGGGGGGAGGGGUCGAGCGAGCGAGACAAAAGACGCGGAGAGAGAGCGAGCCUCGGAGGAGGGGCGGCAGCGGAAGCUCGUCGUGCCGGCGUCUCCUCUCUGCUGCUGCCGUCCGGAGCCCGUCCCGGCGCAACCCGCGACGAGCUCGCCGCCGGCGCAUCGCUAAUCCCCGGAUAGCGGCCCGGCCGUCGUCGCCGUCCGUCUGCCGUAUCCAGCCGGAAAAUACCGGAACCUGCGCACCGGGGAGGGCGGGGGGUAGGGGACCUCCAUAGCGACAAACCGGCUCCACGGCAUUAUUGGUUGGUGACUGGAUUGCACCUGCAACCUUGACCGACACGUUUGCACGCUACAAGGUGAUGCCGACUCCCCCGCUGCGAACCAUCGGACCCUACAAACACGUGAAUACGUUUGAUUGGUGCGACUAAGACUGGACCUGGACGCGGACGCGGAUGCCGUCGUGACCUCUCCUCGCGAUUCGGGCGCCUUGCUUUUCAGGGUGUAACGACAGAUUCGAGGCCAAUUCUGCUUGCUACGCUUCUACUAAAAUCAUGUCAACCGUUACAGACAAUGACAAUCAUGUAUUUCUUUGCAUCGCAAUGUAGUUUUGUCGGCAUAAAAGAUCAUUUUGCAGUGCGGUGACCCCAAAGUAGCAUUGAUUUUGUAUCCUUACGUUGAAUUGUGGCUUAUCUUUCUUUUGUUUCAUUUGCAGUGGUCUCCAUUCUUGCCGCAGAUUGGCAUAAUCUCCUGAAAUCACCACCCGAAAGAUCUCGAAUGGCUUUGUAGAAACAUCGCCGUGGCCUCUUUUCGAAAUCAAACAUCUCCACGGAAGCUUCUCAGCCGAGUCGAGAUGAAUCCCGAGUAGCACGACCGCGCGCCCGGACUCGAUCUCAUCAGUAAGACCAUGGAGCUGGAGCACUUUGACGAACGCGACAAAGUUCGCCGCGGGCGCUCCGCUCGGGCAAAACGAGACGACUCGGGCCCGAGCUCGCGGGGCAGCAGCCUGGUUCCGAGCCCGGCGCACAGCACCAACUGCAGCUACUACCGCACCCGCACUUUGCAGGCGCUCACCUUGGAGAAGCGCGCCAAGAAGGUGCGCUUCUACCGCAACGGGGACCGCUCCUUUAAGGGGCUGGCGUACGCCGUUUCCAGCGACCGCUUCCGCUCGUACGACGCCCUGCUGGCGGAGCUGACCCGCUCGCUGGCCGACAACCUCCACCUGCCGCAAGGGGUGCGGACCAUCUACACCAUCGACGGCGCAAAGAAGAUCAGCAGCAUGGACGAGCUGGCGGAAGGCGAGUGCUACGUUUGCGCCUCCAAUCAGCCUUACCGCAAAGUGGACUACACCAAGAUCUCCGUCCCGAGCUGGAAACCCGGCGCCGGGAGCGCCGCGGCGAGCUCGGGCAGGCCCUCCGUCGCGGCCGCCGGGCCCGCGGUCUGCGUCGGCGGCAAAGAGCGUCCCGAGGGCCGAGAGGGCAAGGACUUCAUCAAGCCCAAGUUGGUGACGGUGAUCCGAAGCGGCGUCAAGCCUCGCAAGGCGGUGCGGAUCCUCCUGAACAAGAAGACGGCUCACUCCUUCGAACAAGUGCUGGCCGACAUCACGGAGGCCAUCAAGCUGGACUCGGGAGCCGUCAAGAGGCUCUACACGCUGGACGGAAAACAGCUGACCUGUCUACAGGACUUCUUCGGAGACGACGACGUGUUCAUGGCGUGCGGGCUGGAGAAGUUUCGCUACGCUCAGGACGACUUUGUGCUCACUCACGGUGGCAAGACGGCGGCCUUUGUUAACGAGUGCCGAGUCAAAGCAUCUCGUCCCGCCGUCUCGACUCCUAAGGGUUCCGGUGGAUCUGGUUUGGCCUCCUCCAAGGCUUCAGCCAAAGCUGCGGCCCAGGCCAGGUCACCGGGAUCGGGUGGGAGCCGGCAUCCGCACGGGACCCGUUCGAGACGCUUUCCUAUCUUCGCUCAACACGAUCCUUUCCUCUCCUCUGCAGCCAACGAGGCGUCAGGAUCGCAGGCCCCCGCAAAGUCGUCCAGGUCGAGCCCCUCCCCCACGGGUCCCGGGACACGCAGCAGCCUCAAGGUUUCCCCUCAUCGCUCUUCAUCCGUGGACGUCAACGGUGCGGCCGAGCACGCCGAUGGCGUCACUCCCGAAGAGAAUGGAAACCUGACGGUGUCGUCGACGCUCAUCAGCAGCAAGUACAAUAUCGGGAAAGUCAUCGGCGAUGGAAACUUUGCGGUGGUGAAGGAGUGCGUCGAGAGGUCCACCGGGCAGGAGUUCGCUCUGAAGAUCAUCGACAAAGCUCGCUGCUGCGGGAAGGAGCACCUGAUCGAGAACGAGGUGGCGGUCCUGCGGCGGGUUCGACACCCCAGCAUCAUCCAGCUCAUCGAGGUGGACGAAACGCCGUCUCAGCUCUUCCUGGUCAUGGAGCUGGUCAAGGGCGGCGACCUGUUCGACGCCAUCACGUCGUCCACCAAGUACAGCGAGCACGACGCCAGCGCCAUGGUGUACAACCUGGCCGGAGCCAUCAAGUACCUGCACAGGAUGAACAUCGUGCACAGAGACAUCAAGCCAGAAAACCUGCUGGUGUGCGAGUACCCGGAUGGCACCAAGUCGCUCAAACUGGGAGACUUCGGUUUGGCCACGGUGGUGGAGGGGCCGCUUUACACCGUCUGCGGCACGCCGACCUACGUGGCCCCGGAGAUCAUCGCCGAGACCGGUUACGGACUGAAGGUGGACAUCUGGGCGGCGGGCAUCAUCGCCUACAUCCUCCUUUGUGGUUUCCCGCCGUUCAGAAGCGAGAACAACGUCCAGGAGGAGCUGUUCGAUCAGAUCCUCAGAGGCAAGCUGGAGUUCCCGUCUCCGGACUGGGACGCCGUCAGCCUUCCUGCCAAGAUGCUGAUCAGUCAGAUGCUGCAGGUGAACGUGGACGCUCGCUUCACGGCAGACGAAGUUCUCUCGCACCCAUGGGUGACGGACGACGCUCCCAUCGACUCCGGCAACGAAGAUCCCGGCGGAGCGGAAAAGGAACCUCCGGGGCUGGAAACCAAGCAGGUUCCUUCCCCGCUGGUCUAAACCUCAACCGCUGGACCGCAAACCUCACAACAUGUCUUUUCCUGGAGAAUGUCAACAAAUUGAGAACUCCAUUCC